AGUUCAGUCUGUAGUUUCCAGUAAGAGGAGGCGGGUAGCGUGAUAUGUGAACAUCGCUAUUCCUGGAUCAUUUUAGCGCAUUUAUCGUAAAAAUAGUUCACAUUACAUCCCGCCGAUCGAUCUGGCCUCUUAUUUACACCACAUUGAUGGAUUUAAUGCCUAAACUUUCACUCCAGUUCAAUCGUUUAUUUACAAGAACUGGAUAAUAAUACACGAGCAACUCUUGCGUACUUUACCACUCUUGGGAAUGGGCAUUUGGUGAGGUUCCCUUUAAAAACCAAGAACCAUGGCAGGAAUAAACAACGCGAACAUGAAAACUUUAGAGGAUUUGACUUUGGACUCUGGCUAUGGAGCAGGGGACUCGUGUAAAUCUUUAAGCCUGUCCUCCUCCAAGUCAAACUCGCAGGCGUUCAUGAACACCCCUCACCGGGGGAACUGGCGGUACUACUCCGGGUCCAUGAACAGCCGCAACAACAGCUGGGAUACGGUGAACACGGUUCUCCCCGAGGACCCAGAGGACAUUUUCUCAAAGUGUCCCCGUUUACCCGACCUCGAGGAGUUUCCGUGGACGGAGGAGGACGUGAGGAGGGUCGUGCGUAAAGGCACGGGAAAGGGCGCUUCGCUCUCCGCGGAGGCUGUGCGCAGGUUGUCAACCCUGAUGCGCAGGGCGCUCAUCCGCAUCUCCAGAGAAGCGCAGCGGCUCAGCGUCAUGCACUGUAAAUGCACCCGGUUUGAGAUCCAAAGCGCGAUCCGACUGGUGCUCAGUUGGGCACUGGCUGACCAUUGCGUCUCGGCGACCGUAAAGGCCAUAUCUAUGUACAAUAUGAGCGCAGGAGAGCUAUUGCGCAAGGGGAAGUCAGCCCGGUGUGGGCUUAACUUCUCCGUCGGACGCUUUUUCCGCUGGAUGGUGGACACGCGCAUCUCGGUGCGCAUCCAUGAGUACGCGGCUAUCUGUCUGACCGCGUGCAUGGAGGCGCUCGUGGAGGAGGUGGGCGUGCGCGUGAUGAUGGCUGAGAGGGACAGCGCAACCCCGGGAUGCGUCCUGACCGCGGAUGCGCUGGAGGGAGUCAUCAAUAAUGACGCGGAGCUGUGGGGAGUCCUACAACACUAUGAACAUCUCAUAUGUGGGAAGAACGCCAAUGGUGUUUUGUCACUUCCUGCUCAUUUCAGUCCGUACACCGAGGGCCGUCAGACGAGUUUGGAUAGCAGAGAGGACGCGUAUGCCGAGCUGGAGCUCCGGACACUUGAACAGGCUUUAUUGGCCACAUGUGUUGGCAGCAUCUCAGAGCUCAGUGACCUGGUGUCACGGGCCAUGCACCACAUGCAGCGUCUAAGUUCUGUCCGUCACGGUCUCAGUCCGGCUCGCCACGCCCGCCAGCAACCCGUCUCCUGGUCUCCGGAUGCCCUUCACACUCUCUAUUACUUCCUGCGAUGCCCUCAGAUGGAGUCUAUGGAGAACCCCAACCUGGAUCCACCCAGGAUGGCCCUGAGCAAAGAAAGGCCGUUCCUUUUACUCCCCCCUCUGAUGGAGUGGAUGCGUGUGGCCAUCGUCCAUGCCGAGCAUCGCCGAAGCUUAUUGGUGGACAGCGAUGAUGUCAGACAGACUGCACGCCUCCUCCUGCCUGGGCUUGACUGUGAGCCAAGACUGCUAAAGCCCGAGUGCUGUUUUAGUUCCUUUAGGCGGCUGGAUGCCAAAGCCGCCACAGAUAAGUUCCAGCUGGACCUGGGCUUUCGUAUGCUCAACUGCGGCCGCACCGAUCUGAUCGGCCAAGCCAUUGAACUUCUUGGACCAGAUGGUGUCAACAGCAUGGAUGACCAGGGUAUGACCCCGCUGAUGUACGCCUGCGCAGCUGGAGACGAAGCUUUAGUGCAGAUGUUGAUUGAUGCUGGGGCCAAUCUAGAUGUAGCGGUCCCUGGCUGCUCCCCCAAACACCCUUCAGUUCACCCAGACAGUCGACACUGGGUGGCGCUCACGUUCGCUGUGUUACAUGGACAUAUAUCAGUUGUGCAGCUUCUAUUAGAUGCUGGUGCGAAUGUUGAAGGAUCGGCUGUUCGUAAUGGACAGGAGAGCAACGCUGACACCCCUCUCCAACUGGCAUCUGCAGCAGGGAAUUACGAGAUGGUUAGCCUGCUGCUGGCGCGGGGCGCGGACCCUCUGCUGAGAUCCCAGGACGCUAACACGCUGACAUCAUCGCUGUACGAGGACAUGAACUGCUUUAGUCACGCUGCCGCUCACGGUCACAGGAACGUGUUGAGGAAGCUUCUUUCUCAGCCUCAGAAGGUCAGAGAGGACGUGCUGUCUCUGGAGGAGAUCCUGGCGGAGGGCGUGGAUGGCGAGAUGGGGGGGUCCGGCCGGAACGGACACUGUUUUCCCCCUCCGCCGUCUCCCAAUAUGAGCCUGGCAUCAGAAGGCGCCUUGCCAAAGCUGUGCAAAGCCCGCAUGAAAGCACUACAGGAGGCGUCUUUUUACAGUGCAGAGCACGGCUACCUGGACGUCACCAUGGAGCUCAGAUCACUGGGAGUGCCGUGGAAACUUUACGUGUGGCUGGAGUCGUUGCGCAGCGCUCAGCAGAAGUCCAGGGCCGCCGUGACGCUUUCCCUGCUGCGAGACUUCACCUCCAUGAAAGAGGAGGAUUACUGCGAUGAACUCAUCCACAUCGGCCUUCCUCUGAUGUUUAAUAUCCUGAAAAACAGCAAGAAUGAGUCAAUAAUCCAGCAGCUGGGCAUCAUUAUCAGUCACUGCUAUGGUCCAGCUCCACUUCCUCCUAUCAUAGAGAAGAAAGCGGCUCUCUCUGCUCAGCUGGAUCCACACUUCCUAAACAACCCAGAGAUGUCUGAUGUGAAGUUCCUGGUGGAAGGGAAACCAUUUUACGCUCACGGUGUUCUGCUCCUCACAGCGUCUGAAAGAUUCAGAUCUCUCUUGGCGCAAAACGGCACAGACGGCGUUCAGGCUCGCAAAGACAUCGAAAUCAGCAACAUCAAGUACAACAUCUUCCAGAUGAUGAUGUCAUACCUGUACUGCGGGGGGACGGAGUCUCUCAAGAUGGGCGUCUCGGAGUUACUGGAGUUGCUGUCAGCGGCGAGCUUGUUCCAGUUGGGGGCGCUACAGCGACACUGUGAAAUUCUGUGUGCUCAGAGUAUUGACCUCCCCAAUGCUGUAAACAUUUACAACACUGCUAAGGCUCACGGUGCAGUGGAGCUCAGUACGUACUGUGAAGGUUAUUUCCUGCAGAACAUGUCAGGUCUGUUGGAGAGGGAAGAAUUUCGGCAUUUGAUCCUGAUGUCCGGAACACGGAAAGACUCGCUUCUGGAUGAGCUGGAGGCGACGCUGGCGCGCAGACUCCGAUCUCUGCUCGUGACGUCUCGCGUGUGAAUAAAGAAAACAGCACAAAGAAAAGAUGUUAAAAUAAUGCAGACCAGGUUGAAAAACAAAGAUGGACUGAGUGAUGUUGAGCUUUUUUAAAUUAUAGGAAUAACCGUACGCACACAAGCUUUGAGUUCUUAAUGACUUUAAUAAAAGCUGCAGUGUUGUUGUGGCUAAAGCUAUAUCGGAGUAUGUCAAGAUCAUGUUUUCCCGUGCUUAAAUAUAUAUAGAUGCCAUUUUGUACAGAGUUUGGCUAAAGUGGGAGGCUAGAGUGUAUUUUUUCUCCUUUUUCUUAAUAAUUUUAAUAAUAAGCUAUUAUAGAUAAAUCUUGUAACGGAGAAAGGACGUUUUCUAUUUAAAGAUGUGAGAUUAUUUAAGUUGCCUUUUUAUCUUUGCUUUGUGCCAAGCAAAUAAAAUUAUAUCUUGUCUUGUGA